AUGGACCGAUAUAAAAUUAUCAAAACUCUUGGGGAUGGGACUUUCGGCUCAGUUUACAAAGCAGUUGUAAAAGGAACCAAUGAAAUUGUUGCCAUUAAGAGAAUGAAAAAGAAAUUUUACAGCUGGGAAGAAUGCUUGGAGUUAAGAGAAAUCAAAGCACUGAGAAAGGUGACUCACGCAAACGUAGUGAGGCUCAAAGAAGUGAUCAGGGCCAACGACGAUUUGCAUUUGAUUUUUGAAUUUUGCGAGAAAAACGUAGUCCAGCUGAUGACAGAUCAAGGAACGCCUUGUACUGAUAUACAAGUGAGAGAUAUAAUUGGGCAGAUCUUGAAUGGGCUUUCCGCGAUACAUAAGAAUGGUUUUUUUCAUAGAGAUAUGAAGCCUGAUAAUAUUUUGGUCAGUGAAGGGGUAUUUAAAAUCGCAGACUAUGGGCUUGCAAAAGAAAUCAGAAGUCAGCCGCCUUAUACAGAUUAUGUAGCUACCAGAUGGUAUAGAGCUCCAGAAAUUUUACUGCAUAGUAGGCGGUAUAACUGGCAAGUCGAUAUAUAUGCAGUUGGUUGUAUUAUGGCUGAGCUAUAUAUGAUGAGACCUUUAUUCCCUGGGACUAAUGAAGUGGAUCAGCUUAACCGCAUAUGCUCUGUACUAGGCACUCCAAAUGACUGGCCUGAAGGACAAAGGCUAGCAACUCAGCUGAGUUAUUGCUUUCCUCAGUAUAUUCCUAUGCCUUUACAUGAGUUAAUGCCAAAUGCUUCACCUGACGCAAUUGAUUUUAUAAAACAAGUUCUUACGUGGGAUCCUGCUAAUAGACCAUCAGCAGACCAAUGUUUGCAGCAUCCGUUCUUUACGGGAGGGAUUAGGGUACAGCAAAAUUUUAGCUUUUUAAGUGUUGAUAUGGGCCCGAAGUCUGCUAUUAAUAGGGUACACUCACUUUCUGCAGAAAAUCAGCAUAAUUUAUCAGAUGGACCUCAUACAAGGUCAGGAAUUUUAAUUGGUGUUGGAGAAAUGAGGAACCCAGCUACUAAUAUAGCGACGAGCAGAGCAAAAAUUGGAGGAGGGCUAGGACAGUUUGGGGCAAGCUUGAUUGGGAGACAGAAUGGAGGAAUAGGGAUGGGGAGGCAUAAGUUUUAA